AUGGCUCACACUUUCCUCGCUGGAUUUGACUUUCAUCUAACGACACUCGACUUCCCAAACCAUCUGUGCAAGAAAUGGAAUAAAAUCAAAGAAGAGAAGGAAAUGCUGCACCUCAUCACCUGUACGUAUCGAGUUCGAAGCGAACAGAGAAUCGUGAUGCCGAAAGGGCAAUCGCGAACCAGACCCGGAUGGCAGACGGUCUUCGGUGAUCCAGAAGGAAAACACUUCUGUUACCCGCACUUCACGUGUGCAGUGGACACGAACAACAUUCGACGGGUGUUCGAUGGCUGCAAAGACAUCAUCCAGAGAAUGAUCCUGGGCGACAUCAUUAACUAA